CGAAGAGAAAAGGAUGGAAACCCCGAGCAGAAGUUCUACCCUGCCGGACUUUAUCAGCGACAAGUAUUCCAUACUGCUGAUCAUCGGGGAGCACAGUGACGCCGGAUUCAUGGACUAUCUGGUGUCCGAAAUCAAACGAGGAAUCCGAUCGUGGGACGUGGACCUGUCCUCCUGUAACCUGGACCAGCAGCUCAAACUCUUCCUCUCCAGACACUCCGCCUUCUCCGAGGAGCUCAAAGGCCAGAAGACACUGCAACACACUGGAGAUGUUCUGGAGACCCAGGUGGUGGUGAACCCAUCCCACGCUUUAGUCUGCUCAGAGGUCCGGCGACUUAUUACUGAUGCAUCGCAGCACAAGCUGCUGAUUCUGGCCGGACAGUGUGUGGAAGAAUCUGGUGAUUUGGUUUUACAGACCGGCUCCUUCUCUGUUAACGACUUCAUCCAGAUAUUUGCAGAUAAAGAACAGAUUGGUGAGAUGCUAGAUUCUCCAGACGCUACACAGAAAGCAAGCCUCACCCUGAGUUGUCCCACGUCUGGAAAUUGGAUCAAUUCCCGGCUGGAAAAUCAUAACCUGUCAGACGUUAUUGAAAUUAAGACCAACCCUCCUUCGGUUUUGCCGGAGAUGGAGGGUCUGCAGGAGUUUACGGAGUAUCUCUCCGAGUCUCUCGAACCUCGCUCGCCGUUUGAAAUCCUCGAGCCGCCGAGUACCGUCGGAUUUUUAAAACUGUCCCGUCCUUGCUGCUACGUGUUUCCCGGCGGGAGAGGCGACUCCGCCUUUUUUGCCGUCAACGGUUUUAACGUCUUGGUCAACGGUGGCUCAGAUCCGCGCUCCUGUUUCUGGAAACUGAUCAGACACUUGGACCGAGUGGACUCAGUGUUGCUCACGCACAUGGGUGUGGAUAACCUGCCCGGGGUGAACAGUUUCCUCCGCAGGAAGGUUGCCGAGCAAGAGGAGAAGGAGUCGGCCGGCGCCCAGAGCAGUGAAGACUGGCAGAGGAACCUGAUAUCUCCAGAAGUUGGAGUUGUAUUUCUUAAUGCUCCGGAACGACUCAAAAUGCUUCAGGGUGAUCCCAAGGUCUUACGCGGUUGUGAUCAGGUUGCACUUACACUACAGCAUCUAGAAAGGUUAGCAAUCUCUCCAGAACCCCUCAGUCGGCCGAACACGUCUGUUAUUGAACCCGUAAUCCUCUUUCAGAAGAUGGGUGUUGGGCGUCUUGAGCUGUACGUUCUGAAUCCUGUGAAAGGUAGUAAAGAGCUCGAGACGAUGAUGCAGGCGUGGCCGAGUGCCUCCGGAGCAAAAGGAUCAGAGAUCUCUUUACCCUCGCUUGUUUCAAUCUGUGCCCUGCUGCUGUGGCAUCCUGCUAGCCCUCAGGAGAAAAUCAUUCGUGUUCUUUUCCCUGGAGCUACACCGCAGGCUAGGAUUUUUGAAGGACUGGAAAGACUGAAACAUCUAGAGUUCCUCAAGCACCCGGUGGUAAGCCUGAAGGACCUCGAGUCGAUGAAAUCUGAUAAGCCACCAAAGCGCACCGAAAGCAAGGAGAGUCUGAAGUCGAGCACCGCCUCGCUCCUCAGGGAGAAGCUGACCAAAGUCGAUCCAAAGAAGCAAGACACUAAGGUCAAACCCAAAUCUGUUAAUGAAACCAUCCAGAAAGAGUCCAAAGAAGUGGAUGACAAAGCAAAGCCAAAAGAUGACACGUUAAACACGCUAAAACAAAGACUUCCCAAGCUUGAAAAGCAAGUGGUUAAAAAGGAGCCUGUUAAGGAAGAAAAGAAGGAAGUUAAAAAGAAAGAGGACAGACCGCCAACUAGUCUCCCUAAGAAAGAGGAAAAUGUUGAUAAAAAGAAAGAAGCUUUGAGGAAAGAUCUGAGCCUUAAGCCCAGAAAAGACGUCAAACCUGAAAUCAAAAAGGAUCCCAAAAAGGAGGUGAAACCAGAAGACAAGAAAGCGACAACUAAGCCUGUGGUUAAGGAGGUAAAGAAAGUUCCCGGAAGUGCGUCGGCACUCGCAGAUGCCAGAAAGUCCAUUGGGAAGAACGGGUCCUUAAAAAGGGACUCGACCUCAAUCCCUAAAAGAGGAGUAAAGACAAAACCAGAGGACAGUCGAUCAAAGAUGUCCACACCAGAGGAUAUGACCGCAGACUUUGAGAAGUUAAAGUUGGAAAACGAGCAAGGAUUGGAUGAGCAGGGUAAUAGUUUAGGUUCUGGUACUAAUACCACGGUGCAAGCUGCCAAAAAUCUAAGUACGCUGAGUGAAUCAGAAAGUCCAGAGAGAUUUCGUUCCUCAGAGAAUCCGUCUGCCUUAACCUCCGCUCUGGGGUCUCCUUCACCUCUCGCCAAGAUGUCGAAGAACGAAAAGAGUGUAAAUUUUCAUCUCACUCCGGUCGAGAUGGUCUCCUCGACUAAUGGUACAGGACACAAACCAUUCCACGGCUCUCCUGGAGAUAAUUCCGCCGAAGACGGUUCUCCACGCUCCACAGAAGGUUCCUUCGAGCACGGACUUUCAGCAGAAGAGAGGGUCCACCCCAAUGGAAAUUUGGGAAAACCAAACACUACAGCACACAUGUCUUUACCCUUGAGGAUGUCGCAUAAUUGUGACCACAGCAGUAACGGGUGUGAAAAGCAUCCCUCCGGCCUGCAGGGUGUUUUCCCUGAUGUUCCCCUUCAUGAUGUCGAUUUGUGUUUGGUGUCACCGUGUGAAUUUGAGCAUCACAAACAUCCAGAAAAGCAGAUGGGCGUACCGAGUCCGGAUAACCACAAUUCCUCUCCCGUGAGUGACCCCUCACAAGGCCAGGAAACGACGUCCACCUCUGUAAGUGACUCCCUUCCUACAGUCUCAGACUCUGACGUCCCACCAGCUACCAACGAGUGUCCUUCUAUCAGCGAAGAACUGGAUUCUGAGGAUGAGUCCGCUGACCUCUUCCCGCCACACAAUCCACACCCGAGUAGUCACGCCUUCCACAGGGACUCGUCACAUUCCUACGAAGAUCCUCCGCCAGCUCCGAUAAAGGACUUGCCCCCGCUGCCGCCUCAGCCUGGCGCCUGCAUGACCGACCCUGAAGCAGAAGCCCAAGGCAAAUCUACAAAGAAUGCGACAGCGAAAGGUAAGAAGGCAACGUCCGCCGGCGCACAAAAAACGGCCGCUGCGAACAGUUCAGCGCAGAGUAGCAAGACGAAGACAGGUACGAGUGGAACAAGUCGCCCCGCGUCGAGUCUGGAGACAAAGUCGACCUCGAGGAGUAGCAUCAGUAGCGUCAGCAGCACGAGGCCAACGUCUGCAACAAGUACCAAGCCAUCAUCAGGUUCAUUGGGUAGCAAAUCGAACACUGCAUCCGUUUAUCUAGACCUGGCAUACCUACCCUCGGGUUUUGCAGCAACUACAGUCGAUGUGGAGUUUUUCCGACGUGUUCGUGCCUCCUCCUAUAUAAUAAGUGGAGAAGAAUCCUACAAAGAGUCGGUUAUAAGGCCCAUCCUUGCCUCUCUAUUGGAAGGCAAGGUGGCCUGGCCGGACAUACAGGUCACAAUGAUUCCCACCUUUGAUUCGGUGGCGAUGCACGACUGGUACCAAGAGACUCACGAACGUCAGAAGGAGCUCGCCAUAACGGUGUUGGGCAGCAACAGCACGGUGGCCAUGCAGGACGAGACCUUCCCCGCCUGCAAAGUGGAGUUUUAAACGUCCUACACGUUCACCAAGAGCACUUACAUCCGUCAGUACAACAGCGGCUAGGAUAGGAAACGGUUCUUCCACCAUUUUUAGCAUAGUAGCUCAGCUAUGCUUCGAUUAGCCUACGGUUUUGAAAAGGUAGUCGUAAACUACAAACAAGCAAGCUGUAAAUCUCGGUUGAUGAAGACUCGCAGUAGCUAGAUAGUCCUGUUAUGGUAAGCAAACCGUGUUGCCUUGCGUUUCGUUUUUCGAAACAAUAUUUUAUCUUUUCCUGCGUUCACUCAGUCGUCUGUACUUUAUCGCUAAAUAUCAGCAGAGGAAGGGCGGGGCUGAUUAUAACUGGCGUUUCCCUCCCAAAAUUACUACGUUGUGUCGUUUUGCAUGGUUGCACAGUUUGGUUUUCUGCACACACAGAAGAACAGUCAAUAAUGGACGUUUAGAUAAACACAGCCAGACUAGAAAUAAACGUUUUACACUCAACACGAUGUUUAUUUUGUCACUUUUUCCGUCACCCUGAUGAUUGAUUUCAUUGUGAAAACACAGAUAUUUCUGGAUAACAUGAUUGCAUGUUGGAUUGUCAGUAUUUGAAUCGUUUUCACUGGUUGAGGAGUAUAUUUCUGCACCACACAAGGUCCGAUAUUUGGGACCUACUUGCUUGCUGUGGCGAAUGUCAAAAAAUUCUGGAUAAACGAGUCCUGGAUGAACGUUUUCUGUUGGAGAAUAAUUUAAUUCAAUUAUUUAUAUAGUGAUUUUAUUAAUCACACAUCAGCAGUUUAGCAAAGGCAGUCUGUACCUAGUAAAAUGUUUUGGGGUGCUUGGUUGGAACAGCGGUCUAAUGUGAGGUGCUGUUGACCUAGCCAGGCCCAGCAGACUGUCAGGUUUACUUUGAGGAAGGAGGGUUGGGGAUUCAAUGGGUUUCUCACAAGUGACUUCAACUGUGCCUGAGUCGAAGUGGGGAUGGUGAUAGUCUGCGGUUCUCCUCAGCCAGUUCAGGCUUGAUACAAGCAGCAAAAGAUUUGCAAUGAAUAGAUUGUUGAGUGAAAUAUGGUGGAAAUGCAUGAAACACAUAAAUAAAGGAUUUGGAAGGUGGAAGGAAACUCACAUGGACUCCAGAAUCACAAUCACUAAUGGUGUGGCUCUCCUCCAGGUCCCAGGGAAUGCAGGUAAUGUACUUGGUAAAAGAACCAUAAGAACUGCAGGUUUGUAUGCAGGACUCAUGUUAUAAGAAAAAAACCCAAAACGUCUGAUCUUGUUAGACACUCACUAAUUCUGAUCAGGGACAUGUUUGGUUUAAUGCCAUUUAAAAACACUGGGGCAAAUACACUCCAGACGUGGCACCAGUCCAUCACAGGGUACCACCCAUUCACAUAUAUUUUAUGGAAGAAACAAGCACUGUUUGUUAAAGACUUGCAGAAGAAUAAAACACGUUCAAAGAUUUCA